GGAACGUGGCAGGAGUCACUAGCAGCCAGCGCCAGCGCCAGCGCCAGAGCCAGCGCGGCGCGUUCGAGGAUAGAGCCAGUGCGAGCCACUGGCAGAGCUUGUCUCUCCGUUUCUCGUCCCACUCCGCUACUGCCGGCAGUUCUGCACCCUCAGUAUGAAGCCGACAUCCGUGCCGCGUGCACCUGCACCUGUCGUUACGACGCUCACGACCCGUCAAAAUCCUAACCGUCCUCACGAGUCGUCCGAGCACGCAGCGCCCAAAAGCACGACCGUCCGCCGGGACAGCCGUUUCUCUUGAAUUCAUUCGCAUCCUCGAAUCGCGCGUCGACUACUCGCGCGUGGCUAAGAACGAUCCUUUGAAAAUUUCAAAGGAAAUUUCUCCGAGCUACCAGAGCUACCAGAGCACCGAAGAGUUCGCGAUUCGAAGUGCGGGAAUUCGGGAUUUCUUGUGACAAAGAGUGAAGACGAGCGGAGACUCGUGGACUCUCUUGGAUAUUCGUGCCUUCGGAUAUUCCUUAUGUAAACGUCAAACGGAUUCUAUUUAAUCGGUGACACAUGCCCUUCCUUAUGGAGGACGAGAGGGAGCAUCUUUGGAUAUAGAGUGAUCAUGCCUUGGUCCCAGGAUGCCACCGGCCGAUAAUUGGUCCGGCUAGUUGAGGGCCUGACAAGAUGGCCUCAAUUUUAGGGGAUGGCUCGGGCCCAGGAGGCACCGGGCCCUCCCGGUGUCUCUUGCUCCUGCAGAGGUGUCUGGCCAUCCAACUGACCAGAGGGCCUCCACCUCAGAUUCUCAAUGCCAGCCAACGCGAGAGUCCCAAGGAGCAUCCCGCAGACGAGAUGUGGAUGUACGACAAAGGCUACAAUCUCUUCCAGGGUUUCCUGGAAGCGAACUCCAAGUGCUGGUGGAACGCCGCCCUGGUGGACGCGACUCGUCAGCUCAGGUACAAGGGUCACGUGUCUCCAGGAGUUCUGAUGGUCGGGGGUCCCCCCUGCGCCCUGGAAGUCCUGAGGGCUGCCUGGGCCCGCAACGUUCUGCGACCUCCAGCUGAUCAUGCAAUCACCUGCCUCGGUGAUAUCGAGGACUGCCUGGUGGCGCCCGUGUCCCAGGGCCAGUUCACCCCACUGCCCGAGGCUCUUUGCUGGGCCAUCCUCGAGUUGACUUCCCAGAGGCAGGCGGCGACCCUGGACACUCUCCGAGCUGCCCUCAGGAACGCCUUCCCCGCCAUGCAGAGACCCGGCAGGGAGCUGGUUUACGACGCCCUGGCGAAGCUGAUGCAGGAGCGCAAGAUCUAUCACACCUCUCAAGGAUACUUCGUCGUCACGCCGGAGACCCGAAGGCUCCGACGGGAUUCCGGAAGCUCGCGUAGAAGUUCCCGGGAAGUGGGAAGCUCCAGAGGUCAAGGGGGGAUGCUAAUGAGCAACGACGAAGCUAUGGCUCUGGUCCAUGGGGAGAUGCUCACCCUGAGGGACGGCGACGUCACUCAUCAGGCUGUUCAGACCAACCUGGCUGACGUUAUUUGCGGAGGUAAUCCGAACGACAAGGUCCUCUUCGCCAGGUGCCGUUCCGUACCCGGACGCCUUGAGAGAAGACACUCCCUGCGCCUCUGGGGGUCGGCGAGACGCCUCCACAGGAGCGGCAGCUCACGAUCCUUACCCCGAAGACCGGACAGGAGUGAUACGUCGAGCAGCGCCGAAUACGCUAGUACGGAUAGCGCACCCCACAGUCCGACCAAGAAGAUAGGUCUGCUGUCCAGGCUCUUUCGACGUAGCUCCCGCAGGAAGGGCACACCUCUGAUGGGAACUUUCAGUGCCCAGUAUCCACCGACUGAAUGGUUCAAUCCGCGAGUGGUGCAUCUGCACAGCGUUGCGACGCAAACCAGAGCAGCUAGUCCAUCGAUGAUGGAAGGUUUGAAUCAGUCUCAGGCCAGUUUUCAAGUCUGGGAUGACUCGAGCUCGGUACGAUCUGCUACUCUACCCAGAAGACAUCGUCGUCAAGCCAGUGGGGAUUCGUCGAGUCUCUUGGCAAAUUCGACACCGAGGAGUUCGAGACGUCACAGGUCUCCAUGUUCGACUUUGCCGAGAUCCAAAUGUUCCAGCUUAAGUAGAUGCACUUCAAGAGCCUCCGUAUUACCACCCAGCAAUAGUCAGGAGCCUUAUCAGAACAGAAGCCAAGUUCAGAACGGCAAGACCUCGACGAACUCUUCGCCUAGUAGGAGCGGCGGCAGUUCUGGUUCUGUGAGAGCCACAAAUGGCAGUCCUGCUAAGAAUGCUACUUUAGGUAGAUCAAGUACUCGUCACGGAUCGAGAAGACCAAGUCACGACUCUACCGGAAGUGGCACCAAGUCGUCCAAUAGUUCUCCGCAGCACAAGACUCUGCAGAAAACGUCUUCCGGCCAUUCUACACACUCCAGUGGGAAAUCGACCUCCAGUGGCAAACUUUCCUCGUCGCCAUUGAAAUCGUCUACUCUGCCAGUCAAGUCUUCGCCUCUGAAGAUCAUUCAGCAGGGCUCAUUGACUCCUCUCCAGGAAGCACAGAAUUCGAUAACCCUUCAGGUCUCUACGAACGUCAGUCCCGUGAGUCCGCCACAGGAGCAAAGAUCGGUUCAGAGCAGCGUGACCUUGGCCUCGAACGCGACGAGUACAACGACCAUAUCGGGAUCACCAGGCACCAAAAUUUACGUUCACCAGAACAAUUCGCCCAUGAGAUCGGUAAUCACUUUCGAGAACGGCACGGGUAAAAAUAAUUCUGAUAAAGAAGGCGGCACGAAAGAGAAGCAAGAGAGAGAACUAGUGGGUGAGAAGGUGUACAAGGGCAGAACGGAAGACAGUCCGGAGAAACUGUUCAAACCGAGCAAAGAUGAUUGGAAGCCAAUAAAACUCGAAAGGCCGUCGUCUCUCUACGGGUCGAAGGACAUAAGGCCAAUUUUAUCGGAGUCUGACAAGGAGAACAAACCGAAAGUCGAAGAAGACCCACCAAACAAAUUAAAAUUAACAAAUCGCCUGAAUAACAGUCAGGCUCACCUGAUAGAUGGGUCCACGCAUAAUAUCGACAAAAAUUCAUUGGUUCACCCAAACGAGCUUCCGCCCUCCACUUUACCGACUUCUAAGAACACGAACGAUGCAAUGAACAACUCCCGGAAACUGAGCUUAUCCCUUUCGAAAGAUGCGCUGAGUUACAGAAAUCUUCUACGUCCUGGAUCGAAGAACAACAUCGCCUCGAAUCCGCCAUCACCCACAAAAUCCUUUGAUGGCUUCGGCGGAUCCUUUAAUAAUGUUUAUAUUGAGAAUCUUGAGUCCAGCAAGCAGCGAGUUCCUCAGGGCUCUGAACCUAACCUAGAGAAGACUGUGAGCCGCAGUGAUCUUUAUUCCUAUCCAAGUCUCAGCGACAUGCAGGUUCAAUUCACGAGUCUCGCCGCACAGAAAAUCCUGAAAGGCUGUCCGAUCAACAGUGUCGACACCCUCGUAGAAGUUAAUAUGGCUGCCGCCGAGAAACCCAAUAACUGUGACGUCACCGUGCACACAGAUUUCGGAUUGGUAUAAAUUUCGCAAAAUCCCUAUAAGACCUCAUAGGACGUCUCAGCUGAAGUAGUAAUUCAGAGCCAUUGGAAAAAUCUAAUGAACAGCGGUAAAUGUUCCAUUAGAAGAAAAGCAGAUUUCAUAGUCCAGUUCUAGUUUCCUGUAAUAUACCUAGAAUCGAGCCUUACUUAACACUAAGACACAAAAGAAAAAGAAAAAAGAACGUUAAGUAACUAUAGAAAUUAUGAAGAGCCGUGGAGGGCGAUCUAUACUAUACGUAGUAUAAAAAUCCCAUUUGUCAUUCUCCAUAAUUCAUCCCUCAUUCAUAAGUUUUACCAUAAGAUUCGCUUGGAGUAUUUAAUUAAGUUAACAGAUCAGUUACGUAAUCGAUGAGUGAUCAUCAGGCAAUUUCGUGAUCGAUCGUUGUUAAACAGUAUUAUACACUUCAAUGCGUGUAACUCUGAGCGGAAUCGGCAGUCUCUUCCCACAAAGCAAAGAUUGAUUGAGCUAUCCUGCCCAUCUUGCUCAAUAUAAAGUUCCAGAUCAACUUCCGCUCAUCCGUUUGCUCUCGUCCGCGGUUUUGCAUCGCUUUACACCGCGAAAGCGAUUUGUCAAAGCAGUUCUCUUCGCGGCCGGCGAGCCGACCAGCCGACCCGCGAACGACUAUACCGAACCAGUGAAAAGUAAUCUAUCAAAAGAUAAAUAGUCUUAAUCUGACUGAUCCGAAGUCAAUCGGGACGUUCAGCCUCAUAAGAUUCUCAAUGUUGAUUCUUGCCGGGCAUUAGAUUUUCAUAAGAACGUCAAGGAUUGCCGAUUGAGAAGAAUUCGAUGAUCGGGAUCGUUCCAGAAAUCGGAUCAAUCAUUUUUGGACUGAAGAACUCAAAUAUGUCGGAACAACGUUCGAUCACGCGUCAAUCAAAUUUCUAACUGGAAAUUUAACAAAAUCACGUAAAGAACGUAGAAUGAAACACGUAAGAUUAUCACACCGAGAAGGUGGACCAACCUACCGAAAUGAAGAUCGAGUAAAGCAAUUCAUAUUCCAGAAUGAAAUAGCGGACACUGCUAUUAAUUGAGGUUGUCUCGUUAGGAGACGAAGGUCGAGAAAAGAAAAGGAAGAUAUUCGCGAGGAAGGAGAACCUUCUCGGUAGGCCUAACUUACCACUUAGUGCAAUCAUAAAUCUUAUCUAAGUGCCAAAACCGUAGUACUUAAUCGAUCGCCUUGAGGAGCUCAAUAAAAGGGCGUCCCCAUUCUCCGUUAUUAUGGGAAUGAAAUAUUAACCGAUAAUCGUAACUUUACACCUUUAACGAGUAGGAGAUUAAGUAGAUCGUACAGUAUGUCCCGAUAAUAACGAAAAAGUACUCGGCCCGCUGCGCUCGAGAAUAUUUGUACAUUAUUACCAUGCAUCAUAAUUAUAUUAUUAACCGAUGCUAACGAGAAUCGCGCGUCCUUCUUUAAUUAGCAGUUGCGUCCGUCGAGCGCACGACGCUUUCUUUUCUUUUCUCUCCCCUUUUUUUUAUCAAAACUAACUUGUAGAGUGUCAUUGUAUAAUCUUAUUAUCUUAUUAUAAAUAUAACAACGAAAGUACCAUUCUAAUUAACGAGCUAUCCCUCACUCCAAAAAAAAAAGAGUAUUUAUAAUAUAUUUUGUAAUCCAUACUCCCAGUCAAUUGAUUCACCUACAGAGACCAGAUUAUCCCUUUUCAAAGUAAUAUCCUCUGGUCACUGUAAUAUUUACUACUAUCGUAAUAGCGAAGGUACGAUACGUAUACGAGAUACAUCUCUUUUUUACUUUGUAAAUUAUUUACUUCUUGUGAACAGCCCACAUCACCGACAGGUACGAUGCUGCCGUUUUUAUUAUCUGAAAGUUACAACAAGUUUUCGUACCAGACCUACUCGAUUUUGCAGUUUAGCACAGUGGCUACUUACUUGCGUGAAGUUCUCCAAAGACAUAGGAAAAAAUUUUCCAGCUGUAACGACCAACGGCCGUUCUGCCCUAAUCGCGAUUAACAUUAGGGCUUUACUUAGCGAAGGUGGCAACUCGUACCAUUUCAUUUUGUAUAUGGCACUUCGAAUGGCUGUACUCUAAAUAUUACGAAAUAUAUGUUAUCUUAUCUUUAA